GUGUGCGCUCCAUGUGAGUGACGCAGGUGCUCAUGUAGGUGGUUCCAACUUACACAGCAAAAAUCGCUUUACCUCGCCUGGAAGGAGCGGAUCUCCGACGUAACCGAGGCCCUACUGUAUACAAGCUCACACAUUCUGUUAGCCAGAGCAGUGAUAACCACAUGUCCCCGUGGCUUCUGGAAGACUCCACUCCACCCAUAAAAUUCAUUUGCAGAUUGCCCGACAGCGGUAAAAAGAUCAGAGACUCUGUUGUCAAACUGAGAGCUGCCAUCGCAGAACGUGAAGAAGUUAGAGGAAAAAGUGAACUGUUUCAUCCUAUUAGUUUAGACUGUAAACCAAGGCCAACAGCAAUGGCAGUUGACGUGGACACAGAUGAGGCCCAGAAUUCUGACCAGAUACUUGAUACUCCAUCACUGGUUCCUGGCUGUUCUUCUGUAGAUAACAUCGCGUCAUCUAACGCAGCCUCACAACAGGGACUUGUUCAUUCUAGUCCCAGAGGUGAUGAAGAGGCUCCCCAGGUUGGGCACCCAGUGAACAAGUGCCCAGCUUCCGGCAGCAGCGCCACCGCACCUUCCCCACCCGAAGCCAGUGGGUGUCUCCCUCCGCUUCCUGUGUCAGGCCCCGCAGAAGAUAAUUCCACCAGCUCCGACGACCUCUUCAUUGACAGGCUACAAAGGAUCACCAUUGCAGACCCAGAUGGGCAACAUUCAGAAGAAAACACGAGGACUGAGACCUUGACAGGCCUUCGUAGUGGGACACAGAAGAAACCUCAUUACAUGGAAGUGCUAGACAUGCGAGCCAAAAACCCAGUGCCCCCACUGCGUAAAUUUAAAACCAAUGUGUUACCCCCACAUCAGAAUGAUUCAUCGAGGCACCAGCAGAGAAGAGGGUCUCCCAUUUCCUCAGAGGAGAGGCUGCGCAGGGAUAAGCAGCAUCUCGAUGACAUUACAGCGGCUCGGCUCCUACCACUGCACCAUCUGCCUGCACAGCUGCUCUCCAUAGAAGAGUCUUUGGCACUUCAGCAACAGCAGAAACAGAGUUAUGAGGAGAUGCAAGCCAAGCUCACAGCACAAAAAUUAGCUGAAAGACUGAAUAUUAAAAUGCAGAGCUAUAACCCAGAAGGGGAGUCUACGAGGAAAUACCGAGAAGUAAGGGAUGAAGAUGAUGUGCAGUCCUCUGAUGGUGAAUUCUGAAGACGGGCAAUGGGUACUUUCCUGACUCUGCCUGUUGAGAUGUCAUUUUCUUACAUCAGACUUUCUAACAAGUAUCAAGAUCAGUGUCAGACGUUGAGGGAAAGAAUUUUAUAAAGUUACGCAACGGUAGCUAUAAAAAUAGUUUGUCUUUCAGAAGAUAACUUUUAUGUACUGGAAACGUUUAACAUUUGAAUGUUGUGUUUAAACGUAUUAAAGUUUUGCAGUAUGUUG